AUGUUUGGUUUACGCGUACUUCUUGCUGCUCUGGUGGCCGGCGCUGCAUCAGCCUCACCUGCAGCUCCAGCUACUGAUUUGGGCAUUGCAGAUAUCAUCAACCUUCUCAACAUUGGUCUAGUGAAAGAUAUAAAUGCAUUCGUCACUCUGGAAUCACUGACGACCAACGUCAUUUCAGUAGUAAAAAACCCUCUCCCGAUCGAGCUUACUCUUGACAGUGUCAGCGCGGUUGCUGGCCUGAAUGGUACCAUAUUUGCUACCUUCACCCACACUUUCCCCAAGCCAGGACUCGUUGUUCCACCUCUCGCCACCAAAAAUUCGGGCUUAAUCAACAACGUCCAACUGCCGCAAGGUGGGGAAGCCUCCCUCUCCAUUAUACCAUUUGGGAUUCUGGAUCUUCCUGACACAAAUGCUAAUGUCCGUGCGGCUACUAUCGGUGGCGCGUUGGGCAUUCCCAUCGCGCUUACGGGCCUCAAGCAAACUGCUGUACCCACAAACUACACCUUGGAGCUCGACUGA